CCUGUGGCCUGUGCGGUGCGGCGCUGUGGCGCAGGCGCGAGUGCGCGCGCUCCCACGACACACGCUGCGCUGCCUACAACGGACGCGGCCCCGGCGCCCGGCCCGAUGCGCGCAGCUCAGGCAUAAAGGCAGCCGCUCUUGGAGGCUCGCUGCUGCGCUCCACGUUGUUCCGGAACUUUCCGUCGUCUCCCGAACAGCAUCGCCAUUCGCCAGCACUGAACCGGCAAGGCAAUGCACUAUUAAUUCGCGAGUGAGUAUUACUGCUAGCUAAGUAUAGCGAGCGCAGAAACGGGGAGGAGUGUAAGGGCGAGCUAGCUGCCUGUCUAUCUUUGGAGAUUGUUUGGUUCGCCGGCGGCGAUGGACCAGGUGCGGCGCAAGAGUAGCCUGCGGUCGCACGGGUCCGGCAAGUCUUCGUCGCGGCCGGGGUCGGGGACGCUGGACCCGCGGUUCCGCGAGGAGCGGCCCACACUGGCCGACCGCGACGGCGGGGAGCGCCCGGAGGUUGUCGUGAAGAUCGAUGGGAACGGGAACGGGCACGCCCCGCUCUCCUUCCACGGCGCGGAAGGCGGCGACGGGGGACGGGCGGGGAAUGCGAGCUCCAGCACCAACUCGACGGCGAGCACGCCGCGGGCGGCCAGCAGGGCGAUGUCGUGCGGGCCCAACUCGCCGCGAUCUCCGGCCAAGGUGUGGCGGGAGGGGAGUUACGAGUUCUGGAAUAAUGAAGGCGGCGGCGACGGGCGCGCCGCCACUGAGGCGUUCAGCUUCAAGAACCGGCCGCCGACGGCACCGUCGUCGUCGUCGCAGGCGUCGUCCCCCUCGCUAUCUCCGCAGCCGGCGAACGCCGCGGGGGAAAGAGGCGAGGACCCGCCCACACGGCUCAUCGGGAACUUCCUUCGGAAGCAGGCGGCGUCCGGUGCCGAGAUGUCGCUCGACCUCGACCUGGAGAUGGAGGAGCUCGGGAGGACGGCGCAGCUGCGCGCGCAGCCGUCCUUCUCCAGCUCGCUCGAGCGGGAUGCGCGUGUCUCCUUCCACGAAUCCCAAAAGCGGCUCUCCACGUCGUCAUCUUCCUCCGAUUCCGAUGCCGGCGACGGCCGCAAGCGCUCCGGCGACGACGGCGAGGUGGUUCGCUGCACGUCCACUUCCACUGCUGCGGGAGCGGGACCAUUGCUGCGAGCCAAGACGCGCUCCCGGCUCAUGGACCCGCCGCCGCAGUCGCAGCCGGCUCCGGCACCCUCCGUGGCUCCCGUCAUCGAUGACGAACGGAAGUCGUCUGUCUUGCGGACUCCUACAAAGUCCGGCCAGCUCUUCUCGGGGCUUAUGUCCGGCAAUAAGUCUGGCCCUAUGGGCAAGUCAGGUCCCAUGGACGAGGACGAGGACGACCCAUUCAUGGACGAGGACAUCCCCGACGACUUCAAGCGUGGGAAGCUGGACGCUCUGACCAUCUUGCAGUGGGUCAGCUUGUUCCUCAUCAUCGCGGCUUUAGCGUGCAGCCUCAGCAUAAAGAUCUUGUCCGAGAAGAAGGUGUGGGGUUUGCAUCUCUGGAAGUGGGAGCUCCUGGUGUUUGUGCUCAUCUGUGGCCGUCUCGUAUCCGGAUGGGUCAUCAGGAUUGCCGUGUUCGGUUUCGAACGCAACUUCCUGCUGCGGAAGCGUGUGCUCUACUUUGUGUAUGGCGUGCGCAGCGCCGUGCAGAAUGCGCUCUGGCUCGGCCUGGUGCUCGCCUCUUGGCACUUCUUGUUCGAUAAGAACGUUCAGAAGGAGACAAAUACUCCAGUGCUGCCCUAUGUGACGAAGAUACUAUUCUGCUUCCUCGUCGCGACGCUCGUCCGCCUUGUCAAGACGCUGCUGCUCAAGGUGCUGGCCUCGUCCUUCCAUGUCUCCACAUAUUUUGAUCGAAUUCAGGAGGCAUUGUUCAACCAAUAUGUCAUUGAGACACUUUCUGGGCCGCCGCUAGUUGAUGAAAGCCAUGUGCUUGAGGAGGUUCAUGAGCUCCAACGUGCAGGCGCUACUAUCCCGAACGAGCUUCGUGGGGCAGUGCCAACCAAGAAUGUUUCUGGGCAAAGGAGUAUUCGGUUAUCAGGGAUCAUGCCUAAGGGAGAAGGUAGCAAGCAGCUGUCGACGGAGAAAGGAGAAGGGAUCUCUAUUGAAAAGCUUCAUAGGCUCAACCAGAAAAAUGUCUCAGCUUGGAACAUGAAGAGGUUGAUGAGGAUUGUUCGGUUUGGGACACUAAUGACAAUGGAUGAGCAGAUACAGCAGGCAACAGAGGGGGAUGAAUCAGCGACACAGAUUCGCAGUGAAUAUGAGGCAAAAAUAGCUGCCAAGAAAAUCUUUCACAAUGUAGCGAAACCUGGCUCCAAGUACAUAUACUUGUCAGAUUUGAUGCGAUUCAUGAGGCAGGAAGAAGCCAUCAAAGCAAUGGAUCUUUUUGAAGGAGCACAGGAGAACAACAGGGUCAGCAAGAGGUCUCUCAAGAAUUGGGUGGUGAAUGCAUUUAGAGAGCGCAAAGCUCUUGCCUUAACACUUAACGAUACAAAAACGGCAGUGAACAAGCUCAACCAGAUGGCUAAUGUUAUCGUUGGGAUCAUUGUGUUUGCUCUCUGUCUUCUUAUUCUGGGCAUAGCAACAACACAUUUGUUUGUCUUCCUCAGUUCACAGCUUCUUGUGGCAGUUUUCGUGUUUGGGAAUACUCUUAAGACAGUUUUUGAGGCAAUUGUGUUCUUGUUUGUGAUGCAUCCUUUUGAUGUUGGGGAUCGUUGUGAAAUUGAAGGUGUUCAGGUGGUUGUUGAGGAAAUGAAUAUCAUGACAACAGUGUUUCUCCGAUAUGAUAACCUGAAGAUCUAUUAUCCAAACAGUGUACUUGCCACCAAACCAAUUAUGAAUUACUACAGAAGUCCUGAUAUGGGAGAAGGGAUUGACUUUUCCAUUCAUGUUGCUACACCAGUGGAGAAACUGGCCCUCAUGAAGGAACGAAUACUACGUUACAUCGACAACAAGAAGGAACAUUGGUACCCAGGAGCGAUGGUUGUCCUCCGAGAUGUUGACGACACCAAUAAGCUGAAAGUGUCAAUAUGGCUCCGGCACACUCUCAAUUUUCAAGACAUGGGGAUGAGGUUCGUGAGGAGGGAGCUGGUGCUCCAGGAGAUGAUCAAAGUCCUGAAGGACCUUGACAUUGAGUACCGGAUGCUGCCGCUCGAUGUGAAUGUGCGGAAUGCGCCUCCUAUCCAGUCCACAAGGAUGCCUACAACAUGGAGUUAUUCUUGAAGCUGUAACAAAGACGAGACCGUUGAGCUAUGAGAUUGCAGAUGUGAAGUGUUACCUUCCAUGGAGUGGUUUGAGGAGCUACAAGAUCUUGGCGGCAGCUAGCGAAGUACCAAGUGGUCUGAGCUGCAAGGGUUUGGUAACAACUAGAGAAUAUAGCGGAUGUAGCGGCAGCUAGCGAAGUAGCAAGUGGUUUGAUUGCAGAUUAGCAAGUAGCGGGAGCUGUUAGUGGGCUUGCAGCCGUCACUUGUGCACCCUGUAAUUACUGUAUUCUGUUGCGUGAUGAUAGAUAGAUUGGUACAUCUGAUGGAAAA